UAUAAAAACCCUAACCCUAGAUUUAUAAUCCCAUCCAACAUCCGUUUUCAGCUCAGCUUGGAGCAGUCGACAGUUAUCUCCGCCUCCCGCCGUCGCGCUCCAUUCUUCCGGUACGGAUCUCCGCGCUCCAUUCUUCCGAAGAAAGAAGCUCGAUUGAAUCAUGGCGUUCGCAGCGGUAAAACCCUCAAAGCCAGGGCUAGAGGAGCCCCUGGAGCAGAUUCACAAGAUUCGUAUUACACUUUCUUCCAAGAACGUGAAGAAUUUGGAGAAAGUCUGUGCCGACUUGGUGCGUGGUGCCAAGGACAAGAGGCUCAGAGUCAAGGGACCAGUGAGAAUGCCCACUAAGGUUCUCAAGAUCACUACUAGGAAAUCUCCUUGUGGUGAAGGUACCAACACCUUUGAUAGGUUUGAGCUUAGGGUUCACAAGCGAGUGAUUGACCUUUUCAGCUCACCCGAUGUUGUGAAGCAGAUCACUUCAAUUACCAUUGAACCUGGUGUAGAGGUCGAAGUCACAAUCGCAGAUUCUUAGACACAUCUUGUUAAGCCAGAAAUCCUUGAGCCGCAUAUAUGGGGCAAGGCUGUUAUACGAGUUCCUUUGACUGUUCACAAUUUUGAAUAUCCUAGACUCCUUUAUAUUUACGUCGAAUACUUUUUUGUUGUUGAGAUAUGGAAUUCAGUUUAUGUGACAGCCUUGCAUUUCCA